CGAGCCAAUGGCCUUGGAGAUAGACCAGCGGUUACUGUUGCGGGAAGUGCGCGCGACUAUGAAACGCGCGAGGAGCGGCGGGAGGAUGGAGUUGCGGCUGAGCUGAGACUCUUUAGUGUAAAAGUUCACACGUUUCUGUGAGACAGUCGCUCUGUAUUUGCUUUUUUUCUCGCUUUAUAAUUACUGGGACACACUGCUGUUCAUUAGCCGACUAGCUAUGAGCGCUUUUUUUUGGUUAUUUCAACAACAACAUCAUCAAACCGAACGUCAUGGUGUGACGCGUCUCGCGCUGUUGACAGACAGGGUCGUCAGCAGUGCGGUUUAAUUAAUUAAUUAUGUAAUAGUAGAACUGUGAGAUAUUUACGUCGUUGUACAUAACUUGUGUAGUGUGUGUAGGGUGUCAGCAGGUGGCGUAGUGUUUUUAGCCCUGUCUUUCUAGGUCCCCUGCUCUGGAAUCCCUAGUUAGUACAAAUAGAACAAGGUACAUGAUCAUGUAUUGGGGUGCAACUGGGCCACUGUGACGCUUAGUAAUAGAGUAGUAAUAAUAGUAGCAGCAGUAGUAGUAAUAAUGAUUUAUAGGAUUCUUGGUGCACAUUAAUAUUAUAUAAUAAGUGAAUUGAUACAUUAAGAAUUAUAAUCUCUGAAUGGGUGAUAAUGCUUAGCAUACAAACGUGGUAUUGAAAGGAAUCUUGGACAAAACUUUCAGAAGCGUCAUCUAAAUUAAGGUAAAUGAGGAUAAAGCAAAAGUCAGCUAACAGUGUGAGUUGUCCGCACUGAAGAAAUCCUCUUUGUGUGGCUUAACUGACAGCGUAAGGUCGAAAGAGCAGGGUAAGUGUGCGGUAGGGCACUUCCUUGGCAAUCGGAGGUGUGCGUCUCCCAGGAACGAUGUCCCGGAGGCUUACCAAGGAAGAGCUCGAUGAGCAGUUUGAGCAGUUUUUAAAGGAGUCCGUCUCUGAUGACUCUGUGGAUUUGGGCAGCGCUAAGCGUCCAAGUGUGCUCGACAGUUUGGGAAAGGCAGUUAAGGAGCCUGUCGAAACAACCGCUGCCUCCCAGCCUUGGUGUAGCGAAGACAGUGAAGACUCUGUGGGAAGGGGAUUGUCGUUAUCUGGGAAGACAUUCCGUAAGCCUCUGAGAAAAUCGCAGCCCAUCAAAGAGGAGGAUGAUGAUAUGGCAAAACAUAGGCACUGUGAAGAACAAGAGAAGCAAGAUGAAGAAGAGGAGCAGGGGGCGGAGUCUGCCCUCUUCUGCAGAGAUAGCUUGGAACCAGAGGAGUCUGUGAUGGCAUCUGGACCAGGGUUGAACUUUACAGGAUUUGGAUCAAACACCUUGGAUGAAGAAGAGGAGAAGGCUCAGUUUUUUGCCAACUUGGAGAGAGGAGCCUCAUCAACCAUUGACUACUCUAGAUUAAACCGGGAGCUUGAUUCAACUGGGUCAACUCUAGCUACCACCCUUAGACGUGCAGAAGAGAUAAUGACUGAGCUGGAACAGAAGGAGAAGUUUCCAGAGUCCAGAAGUUCUCCAGUUUCUUUGAACUACAGCGAGGAUUUUGAAGAUGAAAUGAGUGGGAAAGAGGAAGGCGAAGAGGAACGCAGUGGGCCUGCCAUGCUAGAAAAAGUGUCCCUGGAUGACUCCCUUGACUCAUCUGGCAGAGCUGAACAAUGCAGGUUAAGGCAGGAGAGGGCAGAUGCAAUGGUGAUGAAGGAAGAGUGGGCAGGGCCUGGAAACUUGGAGACCCCUGCUGCAACAGCUCAGUCACAUGGCCAGAGUGGCAGCAGUGAAAUGGAGGCAGUGCAAGAGGCCUAUCGCCAGAUUAGUCUCUCUACGGGUGACUCGGCUGGCUACCCACGCAGCACCACACCCCCUGCGGAUGAGCAGAAAAGUAGCCCACCUGCACUGGAACACUCAAAGGGCACAUUAAAGACAACUGUCAGCACAGGGUCAGACUUGCCAACAGCAGAAGAGCUGAUGCAACCAAUAAGACCUGAGUUAGGGUUCAGCCAGCGAUUUGCCCUCCAGUCAGACAGUGAGGCAGAGGCAAGCCAAAAGCCACCUGAGGGGCUGUUAGGAGACAGGUCGAGCAGCACCCCCAAGACAGUUCCUGCGGUAUCAUCGGAGGGUGGAAUAGGAGUGCCGACAGCAGCUGAGGCGAAUGAAGACGCAGGAGAUGAAAGGGCCAGGAAGGUCUUGGAGGAGGUGGAGCGACUGAUGCAGUACAAGGACAACAGUUCUCUUCAGUCCCAACCUCUGCUUUCCAGAGACUUGAAAAAACAGGUCUCUGAGCAACCUUCCAGCUUGAGUGGUCAGAGUGCCCCUUUCUCCGUCUCCCAGAAGAAAAGCAAUCCCCCUGUGGUGAAGAGUAAGAGAGUCCUGUCUGCCAGGCUUCCUGGAAUGAGUAGGACAAGCCCAGCAGUCAAGCUUCCCUCCUCCCUCAAAAAGAGGAAUCCUGUGAACCAGGGGCCAAAAAAACACACCACUCCUGAAGCUUUGCAGAAAGGAGGAAAAGGAGGUAACAUACCUGGUUCACUGACAGCUGGAAAGGGAGGUAAAAGCCCAGGCUCACAGAUAGGAGGAAAAAGGGGUAAAACCCUGGUUUCAGUGACAGCAGGAAAGGGAGAUAAAACUGCAGAUUCAAUGACAGCUAAAAAUGCAGAGCCAAAGUCACAGGCUGAUGCAGAGCUGAGGGUGAGCAGUGAACUGAUGGCCUCAUCACAGUCCUUUCCCACAUUCCUGCAACAACACACAGAAGGAACAGGGCUACGUGGUCCAGCCAGGGCAUGGCCAGAGAUCAACAAAAUGUCCUUGCCUGAAAGCACCCCAAGUGAUGCAGCCUUCCCAAGGGGCCCGCAACACAAGAGUAGAGAUACAGCCUCUCCAGAGCGCGAGGAAGGUGCUCAGAACCAGAUUUUGGUGGACGUGCAAGACGAGCAUCUGGCUCGCGAGGACCAGGAGCUGCUGCACACCUUGAGCAGAGAGGUCACAAUACUCAAGCAGGAGAACUAUGUUCUGCAAGCCAAGUUGCACAGCCUAGAAGAAGCCAGGAGGAAGAGGAGGUGGAGCCUCGGGGAGUCCUUGGACCCCAUCACGGAAGAGAAACUCCAACUUAUUGAAAAGGAGGUGAAGGAGCAGGAGACCAUCAUUCAGGGCUACCAGCAGGAGAACGAGAAGCUGUACAGGCAGGUCAAGGCUCUGCAGGCCCAGAGCAAGGCCAGCGAGGAGGCUAUGUUCAAGGAGAACCAGAGGCUGCAGACUGAACUGGCUACAUGUAGGGAAGAGGUCAGCAGGAAUAUUGGGCAGCAGGUCGUGGGAAAUGUCCUUGAGCCUGACCACAGCCAGGCCCUGUCAGUCUUGCUAGCUCAGGUAAAGGCUGCACAGAAGAAUGAAGUGAGGCUGAUGGAGGAAAUCAGAAGACUGAAACAGGAGAAACAGGCCCUGGAGGUGGACCUGGAAGUCAUGAAGAAGGAAAGAGACCUUGCAAAGGCACAGGCCAACCACACGUCCGGAGAGAAGAGCUUUGCGAUAAAGAUGCUGGAGGAGCGCCACAAAGAGGAGUUGUUGGCCCUCAACAAAAAGCUGCAGUGGUAUGCAGAGAACCAGGAGCUGCUGGACAGGGAUGCUGCUCGGCUCCGUGCUGCCACCGACGAAGCCCAAAGGCUCAAGGAGCAGGUGGAGAAACUGAAAAGUGAGAUUAAAAACAAAAAUGGGCAACAGCAGAACAAAGUCAAGAUGAGAAUAGGGGAUGCCAAAAGAAUUCUGGAUCUUGAAAGGCAGGUGAAGGAGAUGGAGGAGAUCCUGCGGCGCAGACAUCCCAAUUCCCUGCCUUCCCUGAUGCUGGCUGCAGCGGCAGCGGAGCCCGUGACUCCCGAGUGUGCCGGGACAGUGGCUUUCUUGGAGCGCCGUGUGCAGAGGCUGGAAGCGGAGCUAGAGGGACGGGAUGAGGAGGCCAAACGGAGUCUGAGGGCCAUGGAGCAACAGUACCAUAAGAUCAAGAUCCAGUAUGAGCAACAGAUUUCUCAGCUAGAGCAGCAGCUGGCUAUGAAAGCUGAGCGGACGCAGGCUGUGUCACCCCAGGCCUGGGAGUCCAAGGCUCAGUCCCUGGAGAAAGAGCUGCUACACCUCCAAGAGACCCAGAGAAAUCGGGAGGAUGAGCUGCUGGCAGAGAUCACAGCCCUCCAGGGGCAGCUUCAGCAGGCUCGGUGUAAGGAGAAGCCACAGAAGAGCCCGAGUCGGCACGAACGCCAAGCAGAAGAGGCGCAGGGUGUCCGAAUUGACAGGAUGACUCAAGAGCUCACCGCAAAGAGCAAGACAAUCCAAGAGCUGACCCGUGUGGUAGAACGGCUACAGAAGGAGCGCCGCUCACUGCUCUUAGCCCCACCUCUUCAGGGGCGUAACGGGGACACCAAAAAACAGGGAGUAGCAGCUAGGGGAACCCCUGUGCUCCAGGGUGGGGAAAAGAUUGGGGCGAAGAGCGAGGCGGUGGCUGAAACCUUCCCUCCAACAUUGGAUGAAAAGAACUACCAGCCAUCAGAAUUCUCAGGGUCCCACAUCUCAGAAGUGCUGCAGGAAAAUGAGCAGCUGAGAGCACGUUUGGAACAAGUGGAGCUGGAGGCAGAGCAUGAAAGAGUGACACUGCAGGCAGCAACUGCGCAAGCAGAGGGGGAGCUCCGAAGGGUUCAAGAGAGUCUUGCAGAGCAGCUUUCAUCGCUGAGGACUAAACAUCAGAGAGAGCUGGAGAACAUUCUCACCCGCCAUGCGCUGGAACACUCUUCCUCUAAAGUGGCUGAACUGACCAAUCAGCUGUCUGCACAGGAGAUCAUGGUGAGACACUUGCGGGACCAGGUGAAGGAGCUGCAGGGGUGCAAGGAGGCCCUUGUAGUGUCUCAGGUGCGAGAAGAGACACUGCAGAAUGAGAUGUCAAAACUUCUAGAGGAGCUAAAGGAGGCCAAGGAGCAACACAGUCCAACCCUGAAACAUUUCACUGCACUGGAGAAGAAGAUCAAGAACAUGGAGCUGAGGCACAUGCAGAGGGAGAGGGAGCUGCAGCAGGUGAUCACUCGGACGUGGCUCGCGACAGACGAGGAGCAGCAUCAGAACGAAGUGGAGGCUUGGCGCAGGCUGGCCCAGGCCAAAACCCAGGAGCUGGAGGCCUUCCGUGUGGAGCUGGACUCCAUCCUAGAGGUCCUAAGGGAGCUGCAGAGGCAAAAUGUGGUCCUGCCCGCCCCUGGCACUGCACACACGGCUACCUUUGCCCAAAAGUCCUGAAGAGGCCCCUCCAUCAUUGCUGUACCGUGCAAGAAAUCUAGGUACUUCACAUCUGAACGCUGUAAGUCACAGGGGUGGGAGAGUUUUUCACAUGAAAAUUCUUGAUUUUUCUCUUUUAGUAAGUUGUAUUUAUUUUUAAAAUGUAUUAUUAUUGAACUGUUACGGGGUUCAAUCAGUACCUGAGUUUAUGCUGUGAUACUGUUUUUAAGUUUGAUUAAAGCAGAAUGGUUGCUGUAGUAAAGGUUAAGGUUACUUUUUGUGUUUUCAUUGUCAUCGUGCAACUUCCAGGCCCUGUGGGAUGUUCUGGAACACGGUGCACGCCAACCUUUCCCCCACCCUGUCUUAUUUCAAGAUAGAAUCAUUCUCUUGGUGAGGCAAAGAUUAAGAGAUAC